CGCUAGGUUUUUAUGGGUAGUAUGACGCGUCCACUGUGCCGGUCUAUUUGGCGAAGCAUUUAUUUUUGUUGAAGCCCACAUACCAUGACUGAACAAUCAGCACUACUUCUUCGAAAGCAAUUGGCAGAACUCAAUAAGAACCCAGUGGAGGGCUUUUCAGCUGGCCUAAUAGACGAUGACGAUAUAUACAAAUGGGAGGUUGUCAUCAUAGGGCCACAAGACACCCUUUUCGAAGGAGGUUUUUUUAAAGCAUACUUGACCUUUCCCUAUGAUUAUCCUCUACGGCCUCCCAAGUUGAAGUUCAUCACUGAAAUCUGGCAUCCUAAUGUGGCAAAGAAUGGCGAUGUAUGUAUCUCAAUUCUGCAUGAGCCAGGAGAGGACAAGUUUGGCUAUGAGAAGCCAGAGGAACGUUGGCUUCCAAUCCACACUGUAGAGACGAUUAUGAUCAGUGUCAUUUCCAUGCUGGCCGACCCAAACAGUGAAUCGCCUGCUAAUGUGGAUGCUGCGAAAGAGUGGAGGGAGGAUCCAAAUGGUGAAUUCAAGAGGAAGGUGGCUUGCUGUGUACGGAAAAGCCAGGAGAUGGCAUUUGACUAGAACCCAUACUCAAUGGCUAAAGGACAUGGGUUCAGAAGGAAAAUAGUCCGUUCAGCAAAAGGCUUUAGCACCCCUUCUUUUGCCAUUGAAGGGAUUUGGUUGGUCAGACACUUUUUCUUUUCUUUCUUUUUUCUGAGAGGUCGUUGUUUUUCGUAAGAGGAAUGAAUUUGAGAAACCUACCAGUGAAAAUUUCCCUCCAUUUCCUAACUGGAAUUCUAAAUGUAAGUGAAUUUAUUUUGGAAAAAAAUAUAGAUUAGAUUUCAAGUUUAAUAGUCACAUGUACAGGGUUGCAAUGAUGUAAGAUGUCACUACUGUAAAUUAACAUGCUUUUUUAUCUGCUGCUUAACAGUUUUCUACUUCGUAUCAGGUUUCUUAUGCAAUUUGUUUGUUGUGCUUGAAGAAUUUAGAAGACGUGAAAUUUCUUCUCGUUAUUAGGUCCUCACCAAGUGUCCCAUCCUCACAAUCACCUUUACAUAAUGUCGGCCUGCCUGCAAAACCUUGUCAAACAUGUUUUGGUCGUUCCACAGUCAUUUGAUCCCUCUUACCUAAUGUUAGUUCUACUCUCUCGUGGUGGUUUUUCUCUCCCUGGAGGGUUUGUGAAUGUGCUUGUUGACUGGGUCCUUUACCCAGAUAAUCACAAUGUCUGCUACCAAUCAUGUCCCAGUCAAGUCUCUGAGGUCCUACUCACUCUGUUUUAAUGAAACUUUCCGAACCAACCAAAAAGUUAUGUUAAGACUUAAGCUAUGAUUAUUCAGUGGAUAUACCGGUUUGCUGGUAUCUGAAUUUACCUCAAUUUAAAAGGAUUACACAUUUGUUUUCAGGUUUUAUGGAUGUUUUAUUUGUUCUUAGUCUAGUGUUAUAUGGGAGCUGUAAGUGACAUAGAACUUGACCCUCUGAGGUUGUUUCUGGGUGAUGGGUGGCACAUUUGGCUUCUUGGUGCAUGUGUAUUUGAUCAGAUCUUGUACAAUUCACAAUUACCCCAAUAUUUAUAUUCUGAUUUGUGUAUUCAGAUGAUAUGAUUACAAAAGUCUCAAACUAAGGCAGUCUAAUUUUUAGUUAUGGGUGCAGCCUCUUGUGGACAACCUGUUUUUCUUUGCUCUAAGAACUAUCAAAAGUCUCAUAAUAACUGCCAUAUACCAUCUGUUUACUCUUGGUGAAACCAGGUGGUACAUCACUGGGAGGCAUGCAAUUACACCAUUCGUUAAAACAGUUCACAAUAUGCAGAAGGCAUCUAGAGUUGUUUUGUCUUAUUAUAUGGGAUUUUGCUGUUGGUUUGUUGAUCAAAUCAAAUUUUGUCACAUGCGCCAAAUACAACAGGUGUAGACCUGAAAUGCUUACUUACAAACCCUUAACCAACAAUGCAGUUAAGAAAAAGUGUUAAAGUAUUUACUAAAAUAAACUGAAGUAAAUAAAUAAAAAUAACAAAUAAUUAAAGAGCAACAAUAAAAUAAAAGUAGCGAGGUUAUAUACAGGGGGUACCGGUACAGAGUCAAUGUGAGGGGGCACAGGUUAGUCAAGGUAAUUGAGGUAAUAUGUACAUGUAGUUAGAGGUAAAGUGACUAUGCAUAGAUAAUAAGCAGAGAGUAGCAGCAGUGUAAAAAUGGGGUGGGUUAGCUGUCCAAGAGUCUUAUGGCUUGGGGGUAGAAGCUGUUAAGAAGCCUUUUGGACCUAGACUUGGUGCUCUGGUACCGCUUGCCCUGCGGUAGCGAGAGAACAGUCUAUGGCUAGGGUGGCUGGAGUCUUUGGCAAUUUUUAGGGCCUUCCUCUGACACUGUCUGGUAUAGAGGUCCUGGGUGGCAGGAAGCUUUGACCUUCUAUAUCGCUUUGUGGUUGGGGCCCGAGCAGUUGCCAUACAAGGUGGUGUUGCUCUCGAUGGUGCAGCUGUAGAACUUUUUGAGGAUCUUAGGACCCAUGCCAAAUCGUUUCAGUCUCCUGAGGGGGAAUAGGCAUUGUCGUGCCCUCUUCACGACUGUCUUGGUGUGUUUGGAGCAUGACAGUUCAUUAGUGAUGUGGACACCAAGGAAGUGUCAACCUGCUCCACUACAGCCCUGUCGAUGAGAAUGGGGGCAUGCUCAGUCCUCCUUUUCCUGUAGUCCACGAUCAUCUCCUUUGUCUUGAUCACGUUGAGGGAGAGGUUGUUGUCCUGGCACCACACUGCCAGGUCUCUCACCUCCUCCCUAUAGGCUGUCUCAUCGUUGUCGGUGAUCAGGCCUACCAAUGUUGUGUCGUCGGCUAACUUAAUGAUGGAGUUGGAGUCGUGCUUAGCCAUGCAGUCAUGGGUGAAAAGGGAGUACAGGAAGGGACUGAGCACGCACACCCCUGAGGGGCACCGUGUUGAGGGUCACUGUGGCGGAUGUGUUGUUACCUCCCCUUGCCACCUAGGGGCUGCCUGUCAGGAAGUCCAGAAUCCAGUUGCAGAAGAGGUGUUUAGUCCCGGGGUCCUUAGCAUAGUGAUGAGCUUUGAGGGCACUAUUGUGUUGAACUGUAGUCAAUAAAUAGCAUUCUCACAUAGGUUAUCCUUUUUGUCCAGGUGGGAAAGAGCAGUGUGGAGUGCAAUAGUGCGUCAUCUGGGAGUUUUUCCUAGCCACCGUGCUUCUACACCUGCAUUGCUUGUUGUUUGGGGUUUUAGGCUGGGUUUCUGUACAGCACUUUGUGACAUCAGCUGAUGUAAGAAGGGCUUUAUUAAUACAUUUGAUUGGUUGAUCUGUUGGGGCGGUAUGCAAAUUUGAGUGGGUCUAUGGUUUCUGGGAUAAUGGUGUUUAUGUGAGCCACGACCAGCCUUUCAAAGCCCUUCAUGACUACAGACGUGAGUGCUGCGGGUCGGUUGUCAUUUAGGCAGGUUAAGUUGGUGUUCUUCGGCACAGGGACUAUGGUGGUCUGCUUGAAACAUAUUGGUAUUACAUGUCAGUAAAGAUACCUGCCAGUUGGUCAGUGCAAGUUCGCAGUACACGUCCUGGUAAUCCAUCUGACCCUGCGGCCUUGUGAAUGCUGACCUGUUUAAUGAUCUUACGCACAUCGGCUACGAAGAGUGUGAUCACACAGUCAUCCGGAACAGCGGGUACUCUCAUGCAUGCUUCAGUGUUGCUUGCCUCGAAGUGUGCAUAAAAGUUAUUUAGCUUGUCUGGUAGGCUUGUUUAACGGCUGUGCUUCCCUUCUGUAGUCCAUAGUAGUUUGCAAGCCCUGCCACAUCCGAUGAGUGUCGGAGCCGGUGUAGUACGAUUCGAUCUUAGUCCUGUAUUGACACUUUGCCUGUUUGAUGGUUCGUCGGAGGGCACAGCGGGAUUUCUUACAAGUGUCCGGGUUAGAGUCUCGCUCCUUGAAUGUGGUAGCCUUUAGCUCAGUGUGAAUGUUGCCUGUAAUCCAUGACUUCUGAUUGGGGUAUGUACGUACGGUCGCCGUGGGAACGACAUCAUCGAUGCAUUUAUUAAUUUAGCCAGUGACUGAUGUGGUGUACUCCUCAUGCCACCGGAAGAAUCCCGGAACUGGUCAGAUUUGCUAAAUGGAGGGCGAGUCAGAGCUUUGUGCGCGUCUCUGUGUGUGGAAAAAGUUGGUCCAGAGGUUUUUUUUCCUCUGGUUGCACAUGUGAUAUGCUGGUAGAAAUUAGGUAAAACGGAUUUAAGUUUCCCUGCAUUAAAGUCUGCGGCCACUCGGAGUGCCACCACUGGAUGAGCAUUUUCUUGUUUGCUUAUGGCCUAAUACAGCUCGUUGAGGGCAGUCUUAGUGCCAGCAUCGGUUUGUGGUGGUAAAUAGGCAGCUACGAAAAAUAUAGAUUAAAAUUCUCUUGGUAAAUAGUGUGGUCUACAGCUUAUCAUGAGAUACUCUACCUCAGGGGAGCAAAACCUCAAGACUUCAUUAAUAUUAGAUCUCAUGUACCAGCUGUUAUUGACAAAUAGACACAAACCGCUACACCUUCUCUAACCCAGAGGCAGCUGUUCUAUCUUGCAAAUGCACGGAAAACCCAGACAGCUAUAUGUUUUCCAUGUCCUCAUUGAUAUGUGAAAAGGAAUGAAAAUUCAAAGUAAUCUGGAAUCAGGUGUUAUUGUGAAUUAAUAUGGACAAUUAUGGUGCAUGUUGAUUUAAGAUUAUGCACAACAAUCAAUGUUUAAAUUGUGUUGGGGGGCUUUGCCAUAUAGGCUUGAUAAUCCUACUUUGCUUUGAUAGUGUUCUUUUCAUUAGAGCCACCAUAAAACCUACACCAAAUCAUCAUCAUCAAUGUCAUAGCCUUGACCAAUACCUAAACUAACAACUAAUGACACAUACAAUCAUGUUUGCAGGUUUACUUGCUAACAAAUUAGCUAUGCUGGGAUUGCAUACAAAUGCAGAUAUUCAUAUGAUUGGAUGUGACAAAUGAUGUAAAAUGUAUGGUACUGUGUAGGCUUUAUGACUCAUAAAUGACCUUUUCCCUCUAGUUUUGCUAACAUGACCACCUCAGACUGUUAAUCACUGUAUUUACAAAAGAGACUCAGUGCAUUUAAAACAUUGAAGCAAUACACUCAGAUAAUCUCAAUGGUGUUUAUCCAAGUAAUCCUGAUAUCUCACCUUAUCCCUCAUUUGUUGUUUUUACCACUUUGUUUAUCCAAUGUGUAUUUGACAUGAGCUCAAUAAAAUGUAUUAACUGUCAUAUA